AUGGAUUCAAAUGCAUAUAAAGAAUGGUCUCCCGAACUGAAUAUAAUAUAUACUCAACUUAUGGAACAUGAGAGCUUUUUGCGUCUGUUUCCUAUUGACGUGGCGAACUCAAUAGCCACUAAUACAGUCAUGAGCGUGAAGUGUGACUGUUCAUGUACUCUUCUCCUGCCAACAUCUGAUAGUGUCUCUAACUCCACAGAUGCAACACAGAAUGAUGGAUCUCUGUCUCAUAGAAGUGAUUCUAUUCCUGUAACUCAAAGUGCUUCUUCAGUAUCGAAUCAGCGUUCCUCUUUCUCUGGUCCAAACUCAAUAGUACGCUUUAAUUCUCCAGAUGAAUUACGUUGGGUUAUGCACGCCAUCACUUAUGGAUUGACUAUGUCACCCGAAAACUGGGAUGUUGUAAAACACAGUGCACAUAUUUAUUGUUAUUGGAUUAAAUGUAUUAACUCUUCAACGCGUUCUUCACAGUCAAACAGUUCCAAUGCACCUAUCCCAUUGAUUCUUCAGAAAGAACCAUUACGUUUUCUCAAGUCCCUUUUAUUCUCUUUGGCAUAUUAUUUUCUUCCACGUGAUACAGAACCGUUAGGUGAUCAGCCUAAAGUGAUAUUUACAACAUUGGGUCAGAGUUUACCAGUUCCACAAUAUUCAGUUAGCAACGAGUUAUCAGAAGGUUUACACGUCUCUGCAGCGACUGAAUCAACCAGUCUAUCAGGGUUACUGAGUAAACAGUUAGAAAUCACCAGAUUAGUGGCUCGUACUAUUGAAGAUUUGUGUGCAACACCUGCUCAACUGACAUCUGAUUCUUGGGAUUCUAUAUUGAGAUUUUGUCUGAUAGUGUGUCAUUCUAUUUUAUCAUCUCCCUUAUAUCAGCCAUCAGGAUUGCUUCAUUCUUCAUUUGGUGCUGGCUCAUCAUCUACAACGAAUUCCCAGAUGACUAAUACCGCCAGUUCAGGGUCAGGAAAUGUCGGAGGAUCAAAUUCCACAACUUUCUUAACCAGUUUCAUAGAUAUUCGCGGUAGUAAAGAACCUGCUGCUAUACUUGAAGCUACAUCGGAUUGUGUUUCAACAUUGUUGUUCAAUACAUGGUUAAGUGCAUGUAAUAAUUGUUUUCCGAAACCACAACUUUGGGCUGCUUUUAGAGAAUGUUCAAAAGUAUGGAGACAUCAUUACGCCUUUAUUCGACAAUGGUCUCGUGUUUCCGUUGCCUUAUCAAUUAAUUUACUUGGUAUCAUGAAUAAAUCCGUGGAUAUGAAUGGCUUCACCCCUUUGAUGAAGUCUAUUCCAUCUGAUAUGCCAAAUGAAAAUGUGAAAGAAGCCUGGAUUCGUAUACUAUAUCUAAUUGGUAAUCCUGUAGAUUUGAGUCAUGAACGUUUAAUAUGCAAUACACCAAUUUUUGAAGAGUAUAAAAAAUAUUCUCAUAAUGACAGAGUUCGAUGGACAUGUGUUUACUUACCUUAUAUAUACCAUCAAGCUUUACGUGGUCUUUCAAUGAUUGUAGACGGAUUUUUAGGUAUUCAACCAAGUCUUACUAUUGGAAUUGAUCCGUAUGUUGGUGUAUCACCAGAACUUUAUGGACCUAUUGGAAGAAUAUUUCAAGGUCAUCCUUCGAAUAAUCUGUUCAACAGAUAUUCGACAGAUGUACCCAGUGGAAAUAAUGAUGAUUCGGAAAUCAGAAAAUCACUUAUUACUACUGUUAGUAGUGCUUCAGGUGCUCACGCUGGAUCACGUGUAGUUGCAGGUAGUUUUUCUACAGAAAAAGCAACCAGGAAAUCUAGGUUAGCAAGCGUUGUCACAUCUGCUGGCAUACUUGCUUCUGCUGGAACAUCUGGAAGUUCAAAAUCUGCCUUUACUCCAGCUAGCAGCACUUCAGGAUAUCAACAUACUCCUCUUAGUAGUAACUCUGUUACUCCUAUAGACGGUAGUGCAUCUUUAACAAGCACCUUUCAACCAUCACAAACUUCAAGCUCCCAAGGAUCAGUACUGUCGUCAAGUAUUUCAUCAAGUGGACAGUCUGUCACUCACAAGCUAAGUUCUACUCCACCUUUAUUAUCAUUACUUAUCAACAAAAAUCCACAAGUUGAACAACUACGCAAUUUAGCUACAACAUGGCUAUCAACAGAUUCUCCCAUUGUGCUGAACCCUAAAAGACCCGAAAUAAAUUCAUUGUUACAAUUAUUCGGUGCAUGGCUGUUUGAAGCGUCAAUAACAGGAGUUAAACAAGAUUUAAAUGUUACCGUGAUCAGUCAACGAGCUACUUUUGUCGAUAGUAAUCGUUUUCAAGUUGGUCGUGCUGAAGCUCUUGGGAUUGUUUGUCGAAUAAUGAUCUAUGCUCGACGUGGUCAGUUGGCUGAAGAAUACUUGACAAGAUUUUACUUAUGUCUGUAUUAUGCUUUGUCUAUUGAUCCGAUGGUUAAAAAUGAUUACAUCUUGUGUACAGUCUUAUUCUAUAUCAUUGAUUUAUUCCGUGCUGAUUUACCCGGUAUCAAUAUACUGAUACCACGCGUGUUCAGUGCUUGUCAGUAUGUAUUAAAAGAAGAAAUAAAUAUGAGACCGGAAUUCUUAUCUACAACAUUAGUUCAACGUGCAGCCAUCCACCAACUUAUGUCACUUGUUUCUAUUCCUGUACAUUUCAAAGGGGUACAUUUAAAAACCUUAAUUCCUAUUGUACCGAGUGUUAAAGAUCCUUGGUCGUUAAAUGAUAUGAGAAGUACAAUGAUUAGUGUUAUCUGUGAUACACUGAGUACUGUAGACGAUCCCUUGAAUUUCCAGUUAUUACUAAGUGUAGCCUUAGCUUUAAUUGAAGAUAUGUCAGUUGACGAGAUGCAAUCGACAAAUGAUCGUAACGAGUCUGGGAGAUUUCACACAACAUCAAGUUUCUUCAAUAUUCUAGUGCCACUUCUUUCUGGUAAUCUUGUCUAUAAAUGGAAGAAUGAUCCAUCAGUUAUGCUUUAUCUGUUGGAAACUAUUUCUGGUCUGUCUAAUGUACGUGUUACACCGGCUGAUCCAUCAACUUAUAGACACACUGUCCGAUCGAUAUGUGAAUUUAUCACAAAUCAAUGCAAUCGAGAACGUAAAGAUCAUAAAAGACAACUGCAUAGUAUUAUUGUUGCCGCUUAUUAUUGUUUAUCAUCUUGGAUUGUACAACAUGUGAACUUAUUGUUAUCCGAUCGUGAAUGUGUAUGGACAAUUUUAGAAACAAUUGAAUUAGGCAUUUGUGGUGCUAGAUCUAAGAGCAAACAAACAAAAUCUGAGGCACCAACUACUAUUCUUAAAGGUCAAAAGCCUCUCAUCCCUUCUUCCAAACGUGUCUGUGAUGCAGCUGAAGCAUGCCUGUCUUCAUUAAUGUCAGUGGCUGGGUCAUUUCCAGGACCUUGUGGGACAUCUACAAUAUGUUCUCAACUAGCAGAAGAUAAUAUCUCCAAGUUGGUGGCAGACCAAGAGUCAAAUUCAUCGAAACAUCGGUUAGAAUUUCGUUACUUCUGGUCUGAGCCAGGUUUAAUUCUUGGAUUAUGUGAAUUGCCUGCAAAUUCACUUGAAACAAUUAUAAAACCAAAAGAAUAUUGUCAAUCACAAGCUCCAGCAGCCAUAUUAAUAGUUCGAGGACCUUUUGGACGUCACGUUUGGAUUAUGCAUAUGCGUCAAUCUCCAUUGACUGGCAGUGAUGCAACCUCACGGUUAGGCGAUACAUCUCAACAACAAGAAGCAGUUAACCGACCUAAACCAUGGGGUUGCUUUCUUGAAAGACUUAUAACUACUGUAACAAAUAAUGAAAAUAUUUGUCCCUUGAAUUUUCCUUCAACGAUAUCAGAUAUCCCACUUGUCGAAGCCGAUCGUACAAUUCCUUCAUUAGAUAAAGUUGGCUGCGAUACUGGAAAUAAUGUUAGACAGGAAAUUAAUACAUUCAAAAUGUUAAUAGCUGCACAUGCUUCACUAGAUAAAGAAACUGGACAACGUGUUGUGCAAGAGAAACUAAAAACUCCAUACCCUGAUCCAAUUACAGAAGCUAAAGCGCCAAUUCAAGUGGUUAAUUUUCAUUCUAUACGUUUAUUACUAACACAUUUGGGUUAUUUAUCAAUUGGUCCUUAUCAAAUGCCUCAAUCUUUAUGGUCACGUAACGAAUUGAAACGUGAUAAUCAAUUAGGUGAACGUUCUGGUCAACUGAAUCGUCGUAGUCCAUCUUUAGUAAAUAAUCGUAUUAUGACUGGUUUCUCGCCUACAUCGCCAACAAAUAAUACUGAAGAUGAAUUACUACCUUUAUUUCCAUUCGAUGUGGAAAAUACAGAUUUUUCAGAUAUAUUAAAUAAUUUAGAUCAUAUGCCUACAAGAACAGGUGAUACUCUAUUGGUAUUUUAUGUUGCUGCUGGUCAGUCGAAAAUUGAAGAUAUUCUUGGAAAUAUGAAAAUUUGGCUUAGAUUACCUGAAGCGUUUCACCAAUUUUUGAGUGGUAUUGGUCGUUUCAAAGAUAUCCAUAACCAUCCAGGUUGGACAGGAAAUCUACAAACUAGUUAUCAUACAUCAAAUGAAUAUUCUGUACCGAAUCAUCCAAAUCAAACGAAAAAUGGUCUUUUCGACCAAUGUCCUGAUGGCAUUCAAUCAAUUAUCUAUUAUGCUGAUGCAAUGACUGAGUUAGCCUGUAUCUGUCCAACAGAUAAAUUUUAUAAAGAUGAAGAGAAAAAUGAAUAUCGUCGUUUAUCGAAGACUACACGUUCUCGUGCUGCUAGUGAAAAUCUAUCCAACAUAACUCGUGGAACAAAUCAGGGUGCCGUAGGUGUAGGAGAGGUUGGAGCUGACCCUACUGGAGGUCGAGUGGCAGUUGUAUGGCUUGAACGCUGGGAAGAUGGACCGAUGCACUGUGGACCGGACGGAGUUGGUAUGCAAAUACAGAACGUGACCAGCCAAAAAUUUGACUGUCCUGUCACAAUUUAUAUUCAUCCUUUAAGUUCUGGUUUGUGUAGAAUUGGAAUUAUGCGCCUUCAGGGUAGAACAUUUGAGGCUGGACCACUUCAGACUGGUUUAGUAUUAAGCCAGCGUUGCCUUAGCAGUUUUGUUAGACAAACUGUAAUCAAUCUAUCACGACGACGUCGUUUAGCCUCCGAUUCAUUUCAACCACCUCAUGUUCGACGAAGUCAUGAACUAUUUAGACUGGCUGAAGCGAAUCGUAGGAUUGUCCGAGGUCAGCCACAGUCUAGCAGUAAGAAUGAUACACAUCUUUGUAAUACCUCUAAUAUUGUGCAAAGCCUUUUCUUUAAGCAGUCACAAAUCCCUUCAAGUUAAAAUUCAUAUCAUAUUUAAAAAUUCCUUACAACUUUAAAUGUGUUGUAAACGGAAAAAAAUCUCCUUUUACAUAUCUCGAACAAAAUGUUAUUUUGCUUCUUUUCAUUUUUAUUUUCAUAUUUUCUAAUCUAAUGUAUUUGACUACUAGUAAAGAAAAAAAUGUGUUCUCAUUUGUUUCAAAGUGCUAACUCAUGACUUAAUUAUGAUGAUAUUGGACAUGCUGAAGAUUGCAUUGAUUGUAAUAAUAAACGCGUAUGCUUAAUCUCUAAAUAACAAACUGCUAAAUGACUACAAAUCGAAAAUGCUGAAUAGAUCUUAUUCUUCAUAAGACUAGUUAGCUCACAACGGUGACUAUAAGUCAUCAUUAGUACUUACCAGGACUACUCCACAUAACAACAGUUUAAGUG